CUUCAAUCCCAUUGAGUGCCUCAGUUUUGUCACGGAACAACACUGAGUCACGUGAUUAAUGAAAAACGUUUUCAUUGUUUGACACUGUCGACUUGUUUCGAAGAAAUUGUAACUUUUUAUACGGUGUAUUAUAUGGUGCAUUUAUUAAUGUUGACCUUGUUAUGUUAGUGAAUGUAAAGAUAUAUGUAGAUAUAUAAGGCCGUUUGAGAUUGUAACAAAUAAUUACAUGCUAACGAUUUCAGUGAGUGAAAAGUUUGUGGAAAGACAUUGGUUUGGAGUUACUUCCCUUGAGCAGGAGUACUACAUAUUUGAGGCCCACCAAGGCUGCCAGUUCCACCUAAUACUGAUGGAUGUCACAGUGGUUCAAAAAUAUUUGCUGUCAGAAACGGUGCAUUGACUGAAUAUCCAAAUACAUGUAGUCCAUCACCCUUUCAAACAAAAAUCAAAACAACUUUAAAACUGUAUUUUAAGUAAAGACAAAGAUUUCCAGAUAGUCCAUCACUCUGUCAGUAGCUAGCAGAUACAUACAAGACUUGAGUUUACAGAUAUACUAUAACAUUCAGUUACUAGUGACAUAACCUGACAAACUGUUGGUUAUGCCUGUAUCUUCAAGUAAUAACAAUUAUAACUGCAGCAUUAGAUGGACCUAAGAACCAUGUUUAGGAAUUUGAUCACAGAAUAAGGUUCUUUAAUUCAGAUUUAUACUAUAACAUGGGGACGUUUGUAGUCUGUAAACUGACAGCAUGGAGUUGGUGAUACCUGUAUCCUUAAGCCAUAAUCACUGCAGCAUUUGACACAAGAAUUAACUUUAUAAUAAACUGUGCUAAUGCACCUAGUCAUAUUGCUGGACACAUUAUUUAUAGACAUACAUGAUGUGUCGCAUAAGAAUUAUGUCUACAGGUAAUACUAUAAGGAGGUUACAUUUCUAGUGAAUUAACUAAACAACAAGCUGUUGGUUUUGCCUGUUUCUUGGAGGGUUUUGCAGCAACCAUCUCACCUGAUGGAAGAGAUAAGUGCUUCAAAAUGAUUUGCUGACAAAAACUACUGCAUUGAUUCAGCAUCCAAACCAUCACCUAGUCUGGCAGAAACCAAAGGAACUAUGCCAGUAUUUAAUAAACACACAUAAGAAUUGAGUUUAUAUACUAUAAAAUAUAAACAGGACAGCAAGGAGUUGGUUAUAUGUUUAUCCUUGAGCAAUAACAAUGACUGCAGCUGCUGUCUGCAAUACAAUUGAAAGCAAAGAAGCACUACAGCAAGAGUUGAGAACAAGAGGACUGUUGGGUGUUCCUGGUACUGCCUUGGUCACAUCGCCUACUUUGUCAGACAAUAGCCAAACAAAUUCAUUAUCUUCUCCAGCUACAAGUGAUGGCCAAACACACACUCUUUUGGGUUUUAACCAAAAACGUGUUCCAAAUUGUGUUUCAGCAUCAGUUUUGCUAGGUGUUAGCCAAGAACAUGCCACAAAUAAUGCCCUUUCUUCAAGUUGUAGUUCCAGUACCUCAUCUCUACUAAUGAAUGGAGAAAACCAACAAAAUGCUCCAUGUACUCAAAUGACGUCAUAUUCGAUAAGUAUUCCCAAGCAUCAACAUAAAAUAGAAAAUGCAUCGGCAUCAACCCAGUUUGCUGGGUUAAUGUUCAACCCAGCAUUUACUCCCAAUUGCACCUCAUCAUCACACACCAUUUCUGACCUCAGCCAUGCUUCUCUUCCUACCAGUAGAAUGUCAAACCGCAAGGCUGGAUUCCACCGUCCAGUUACACAGAUUAACACAUCUGUUAUACAACCUGUGCGUGCUUUCAACCCAGUAUCUACUUCCAAGUUGUAUCUACUACCUGUAUCAGCAUCUAAUACUUUACCUGCAUCAUCUGCACAUGUUAUACUUGUACCUGCAUUUACUUCCAAUUGUGUACCCGCAUCUUCUUGCAAUUUCCAAUCUCCACCACAGUCUGUGGAAGCAUUCCGUCCUAUGCAAUUACCAGUUUCUGUGGUCCAGCCAGAUGUAAACACUGAUCAAGCCAUUCGACACAGAUUCCCUGUGCUGUUGCAUAGGAUUUCAAAUAACUUUCCAAACACGACAUUUACAAACCCAAACAGCAUAGGACAAGGUGUUCCACUUCGUACUUACCUUCCUAAUGGCGAGGUUCCAGCUAGUUCAUUUAAUGUCAGUCAGGAUGUAAUGAUGAAAAACAUAAUAAAUACCGACAUAAACAAAUCAAAUGAUGCAUCGCAUGCUGUACUGCAUCAGGUGAAUGGUGUCAAUCGGUUCAAGCCACACUCAAGUGAGUUGAAGCACCAUGCGGAUAUUCAAAACCCAUGCACCUUAAUUCCUGUGACAUCCAAUUCCCAGAUGCAACAUGCUUCACCAUCUUUUAGCAUUCCAUGUAUAAAGUAUACCGACUUUGGAUCACGAAGUUGUCUUUCUCGUGAAACUGUUACAAUGGCUACUAAUAAAGCACAGAGUUCUGUUGGUGGAUAUGGUCAGAUGUCCGUAUCAAAUGCAGGAAUUACUGGUGUUAGAAAUAAGAAAUCAACUUAUCUGUUCGUGGCAGGUGAUCAACAUGUAGUGAAGGCAACCACUGUGGUUUCCAUGGAUCUGAAUGAUGUCGUCGCAUCACAAACUGACAAAACGUCAUGUUGUGAUGUAACAGGAGAUGCACCAUCUCUUGUUAUCACUAAUGUGGUUGGUGGAAAUGAAGCAAAGAAAAUGGUGGAGAUAAGUAAAUUUGAAAUCUGUGUAGAUUCGUCAAAUGGUGAGAUGGAAGAGGCUGAGGAAUUCUGUAUUGCUGGAGGUUCUAUUCAAAAUGUUUUGGUUCAAGGUGAUCAGGUGUCCUUGACAACUCAGGCUGUGCAGCUGGAGGUUCAUAUAGAAGGAGACGUGUAUAAAGGGAAAUUACCCGGGAGUUCCAAGGGCAGAAACUCCAUCACAACGUCCGAAAGUCCCAAAGGCAGUAACUCCGUCACAAAGUGCAAAGCAUCCAGUCCUUGUUCUUUGGAAAAUGUAAACAAAAAUCAGAGAUGUUCAUUGUCAGAUUCUUCCUCUGGGUCUCAUGUAUCUUACUUAAGUGGUUCCAAUUCUACAAACACGGAUACCAUUUCAGCUAACGUAUGUUCCUCGAAUGGAAUAACAAUAAAGAAAGAACAAAUAUGGUGUUCUUCCAGUAUUGAAAAUUUACCUGAUGUCCAUUGUCCAGUACUUCCCAGUUUUCCAAAUUCUACUAAACGUGACACUAAUAUUCGAGAACAAGGAACUGAAACUGAGAGAAGAGUUGUGGUACAUGGUAUUACCUGUGAUGGAAUACCAUCCAUACAAACCAGCCUAGUAAACCGUGUUUCCGGUGAUAGGCCAUCAUCCACAGGUGCUGCUGUAGCUAGCGUUGCCAGAGACAGGAUACAUAGACAAAUUCGUUCAAAAAGCAGCAACAACAAAUACAAUUACAAACAUUAUCCAGACAGUACUGUGAGUGUCGACACAAACGGUAAGGAUGAACCCUCUGGAAUCGUUCAUAUGAUAGCUUCUGGUGUGGAUGGAAGGAAAUCGCCCAUCGAUCCGUUAACGUGCUGUGUGUGUGAUGUAUCAUUGUCCACACACCAGCGACUCAAAAGGCACCUACGUUCGCAUUACGGUUACGACCCGUUCAAGUGUUUGGAGUGUUACAAGGUUUUCUGCAACAUGAGAGAGCUGGACAAGCAUAUUCCCCAACACGAAGGUGUCAAUCCGUUUGUAUGUAUUCACUGUGGACAAUGCUUUAUUCUGAAACGGAACCAUGACGUACACCUGCAGCUACACAUUGAGAAUAGUCUGAAAGAUGGUUCAUGUUGUGUUUGUGACGAAAUGUUUGAAUCAUACGGACCUCUAGUGGAUCACCUCAAAACGCACUCUGAUGCUCAAAGUCUGUCGUGCAAGCACUGUGGGAAACGACUACCCACUGGCAUUGAUCUGUUAAUCCACACUCGAUCUCACAACCAUUUACAAAUAAACAAAGACGUCAGCUUCAGCCGUAAAAUUAGCACUAAGAGUAAGAGAUUUUCAGCUAAAAGUGACCUCAACGGUCAUUUCAGCUCGCACCGUGCAGACGAUAAAAAUGACGUCACAAUUGAUGUCACCAAUUCAAGACAAGGGAUUCCUAAAAAGACUGACAGUCGUGAUUCUAGAACCAUGCGCACCAAACGGAAAUCGCUGACGUGCAAUAUCUGUGGCAAGACGUUUGAGAAAGCGACAGACAUUGUAGCUCAUCGUUUCCAGCACGUGGGUGAACGGGAUGCAGACAGGAAGUACGAGUGUGAGGAGUGUGGAAGCAGGUUCAAAAGAAGCUGGCACCUGAAGGAACACCAACGUCGUCACACCGGGGUCAAGUACUAUGGAUGCAGCGUGUGUGGGGAGAAGUUCAAACGAUCCAACCAGAUGACCAAACACAAAAAAGGACAUUUCACUGCCAGUAAUAGAUGAACAUUUACCUGCUUAGAGACGGAACUUUUAACUAGCGCCAUCUAAAAAAAAGUAACAAAAUAAUAGUAUAAUAUAGCCUAUCUACAUUAACAAAACAUAUGAAAAUGAAAGAGCAUUUCACUGUCAGUAAAUGCAGUAAUAGAUGAAUUUUUACCUUAGAAAAGGAAUUUUCUCUUAGAUCAUCUAAAAUAAAAUAAAACCCCAAAUUGAUACGAUAUAGCCUAUCUACAUUGUACCAUUGUCAAAACAGAAGAACAUUUCUCUGUCAGUAAUGGAUGAACUGUUACUUGAUCAGAGGGAAUUUUCUCUUGGGUCAUCUAAAAAGAAUUGGUACGAUAUAAGCCUAACUAUAUUGUACCAUUGUCAAAACGGAAGAGUAUUUCUCUGCUUAGAGAUGGGACUUUGACUUAAAUAAUAGUACGAUAUAGCAUAUCUACGUUAACAAAACAUAAGAAAGAACAUUUCAUUGCCAGUAAUAGAUAAACUGUUACUUGCUUAGAGACGGAAUUUUCUCUUGGGUUAUCUAAAAAAAAGAAAGAAGGUACGAUAUAGUCUAUCUACAUUGUACCAUUGUCAAAACAUUUCUCUUCCAGUAAUAGAUGAACUGUUACUUGCUCAGAGGUUUAUUUUAAAAAAAACCCCACCCACACAAAGCAAACAAAAAAGAACAAUCAGUACAAUAUUGAUUAUCUACCAUUUUAGUAGUGGAUCAUUGGUGGUUUUUAAAGCAUGAAUAUUCGAAGGAGAACGAGAAUACAUUAUAGCUGAACAUAAAUAUGACUUGGAGCGAAUUUUAAAGUUAUUUUUACACAUUUAAGACGGGUUUUUUUAAUUGUAUUAUAAUUUUAUUUAUGUUAUUUUAUUAUUUAUUUAUUUAUUUAUUUAUCAAUUAUUAUUAUUAUUAUUAUUUUAGUCGUUCUACAUUCCAGUAUGAUUUAAAACUGCACUAGCUUUUCGUGAUCGAAAAAUAAGAAUUUUACACGUCAUGGACAGACGACAAUCUUUGUUUGAUUACUUUUGUUUCGGGUAUAAAUAUUUUUAUUAUGGGUAAUUUUGAAAGAAUUUUACGUAAUUAUACCAAUUUAGGCCUCAGUUCCACUGAGCAAAAAUAUACAAGUGUGUAGUUGACAGAGUGCAUCCUCACACAAAAACUACACAAAGUUGUUCCAUGUCAUAUUGUUUAGUCCAUUCCACGAUUAUGAUGAUUUACAUAUAAUUAGCUAAAGUGUCGUCUGAUCGUGGUCUACUUACACCGCAUAAAUAGACCACGGCUAGACGGACGACACUCGAGCUAACAUUUAAUAUAUAUGACACAACCACGCACGUCUUUUACUUUUGCCAGAUUCUUUCUCUCUCUCUAAAUCUCCACCUUUCACUCUCUUUGCCUGUCCGUCCCUCUCUCUCUCUCCCUCUCUCUCUCUCCCUCCCUCUCUCUCUCUCUCUCUCUCUCUGUGUGUGUGUGUGUGUGUGUGUGUGUGUGUGUGUGUCUUGUCUGGGGGUUUUAGCAUUCCAGAUCAAAUCUAGUCUACUAUACACACACAAAAAAAAGUUGAAAUCUGAUAAUAAUUUUUUUUUAAAUCUGGAAAGUCACUUUCCUGCAUUUGACUUUCCUAUAGUAAUCACACAACUAACCGGGACAUUCAACACGGAUGUAAGGAUACACUGCAACAGUUUGGUGUUAAAAUCUAUAACUUGUUCUCAUUUAAGCUUCACGCUGCAAGAUUUGGUGUUAAAAUCUAUGACUUGUUCUCAUUUAAGCUCCACGCUGCAAGAUUUGGUGUUAAAAUCUAUAACUUGUUCUCAUUUAAGCUUCACGCUGCAAGACUUGGUGUUAAAAUCUAUAACUUGUUCUCAUUUAAGCUUCACACAGCAAGAUUUGGUGUUAAAAUCUAUAACGUGUUCUCAUUUAAGCUUCAUGCUGUACAAGCCGUUGUAGUUAACAGAAAAUCAGGAUACACAGGUAACUUAGUGUCCCGUGCAAUACGGUGAUGUAUUGCAUUUCUACAUGUCGUACACUAUAUAGCUAAUUUAUAAUGUCUGAAUUUAGAACACAUAGUUUAUAUUCAUCAUAUGAUCAAUGUGAAAUAUAAUAUAGAUGCCGGGUACCUCACAGUGUCCCGUGCAAUACAGUGACGUACUGCAUAUUUACCAAAGUAAUUCGUUUAUUUUAUAUGACGUGAUAAAUGUUUUAUUGUUUCCAAACAGUAUGUUCACCAUGUAUAUUCAUGUACCUGUAAUGGUAUACCCAACAUUGCUGUUUUCGCAUUAUUCUUUUUUAUAUUAAACAUUUGAUGAAAA